AUGCAAGUCCUUCUUCUAGGCGGCCACGGCAAAGUUGCCCUCCACCUAACCCCCCUCCUACUAAACCGCGCCUGGAACGUAACCAGCGUGAUACGCAACCCGGACCAUGAAACGGAGAUCCUAGCCCUCGGCAAGGGUCGAAAGGGCAAUUUGAACGUCUUAAUAUCCAGCUUAGCCGAUGUCAAGAGUGCCGCCGACGCUCAACAAAUUCUCAACACCGUGAUGCCCGAUUAUGUCGUUUGGUCUGCUGGUGCCGGCGGCAAAGGCGGCCCCACAAACACAAUCGCCAUCGACCAAGAAGCCGCCAAACACUUCAUGACCGCAUCCUUCGCCUCAACCAGCGUAACCAAAUUCCUAAUGGUCUCCUACCUCGGCAGCCGCAAGAACCAACCCCACUGGAUGCCGGACGACCAAUGGGCCGGCAUCGUCCGCACAAACACCGAAAUCCUACCUACCUAUGCCAAAGCCAAGCAGGAGGCGGACGAAUACAUGACCGCGCUGGCAUUCAUGCGCAAGAAGGAACCUGCCGCGACGCGUCCGUUCCAGGCUAUUAACCUGCGUCCGGGGAUUCUGACUGAUGAGCCUGCGACGAGGAAGGUGGAACUGGGUGUUACGCCGAAGGGGAGGGGGAGUGUGACGAGGGAGGAUGUUGCUAUUGUGGCGGAUUUGUUGUUGGCGAGGGCUGAUACGGAGGGGUGGAUUGAUCUUGUUAAUGGGGAGGAGAAGGUUGAAGAAGCGGUUGAGAGAGUUGCCAAGGGGAAGAUUGAUGCUGUUGAGGGGGAGGAUGUCGAGGGAAUGGUGAAGAGGUUCUUCCCUUGA